ACUGUGGAGAGAAGAACACUAUAAAGCCCCUGCCUCUGUUGACUGGAUCCGUUUAAACCAAUUAAUGAACUGUAAUUUACUGAAUACAGACAAACUCCAAAUAAAGAAUCAGACAACGGAUUCUGGUCAAUACAUUCGGAUUAUAUGUGGGCUCCUGUGACAUAUCGGAAGACGACUUUCGGGGGAAACUUAUUUUGAUAUAGAAACAUGCCAGCGGAUAACAUGGAGAAAUCAUCGGGAUCUCCAGUUGCUGCCACCCCGGCAAAUUUGGUAACGACACCUGAUAAACCCAAGACAGCCACGGAACACAGAAAGUCAUCUAAACCAAUUAUGGAGAAAAGAAGACGAGCGCGCAUCAACGAAAGCCUGUGUCAGUUGAAGACCCUUAUUUUGAACGCACUUAAAAAAGAUACCUCAAGACACUCGAAACUUGAAAAAGCGGAUAUUUUGGAAAUGACAGUGAAGCACCUGAAAAAUCUUCAGCAACUUCAGAUAACCGGUGCCUUGAACACGGACCCAUCUGUAAUCGGCAAGUACCGGGCCGGUUUCAGUGAGUGCAUGAAUGAAGUCACGCGUUUUCUCUCCACGUGCGAAGGGGUAAACACCGAGAUAAGGACAAGACUCCUCAGCCACUUGGCGAGUUGCAUCGCGCACAUCAACGUAUUGAACUGCCCGGCACAGCACCCCGUUUCUUCCUGCACACCCCAUGCAGCUUUCGGACAACCAGUAGUACAAGUCGCAUGCGCUUCCCCUCAGUUAAGUGGUGCGGUUUGCAAAAAUGGCACGCCGGUGAGCAUCUCGCCAGAGGCAGCUAAGAUAUACGGCGGAUUUCAGGUUGUAUCUGCAACGGAUGGGAAAUUCGCCUUUUUAAUUCCCAGCUCGGCGUUCGUUCCUAGUGGACCUGUUAUUCCGCUGAACGGACUGAGCACUGCCGGCGGCGUCACGCUGCCUGCCUCUCCGGUUGCGCAGCUAGCCCCGGUAGACUCCAUGUGGAGACCCUGGUAGGGGCGACUCUGCUGGUCUAGUGUUGGACUCUAAAGAUUACAGUGUCUUGUACAUUUUUGUAGCCAAUGUUUUCCUUGGCAUGAUAUUUUCUAUGAACUUGUAUUCUGUAUUUUGAGAUUUAUAUGAUAGAUUCACUUACAUGUAUAUAUUUUUAGUUGAUAUGUCAGUUUAUAUUAGAUGUAUUAUUCUUUUAA